GGGCGCGCGGCGGCCGAGGCGGCGGUUCCAGACCGGCAGCAGCAGGGAGAAGAUGCGGGCGAGGAUGAGCCGGAAGCAGCGCGGGAGCCGGGGCCAGGGGGAGCAGGGGCCGCGCAGGAAGUCUUCUAGACGAAAGUGCAUCUUCAUACAUCACCACACGUGAGAGCAGGGAGACUGCCUGGCCCAGACCUGACGAUGGCAGCCGAGCCGGUGCCCACCUCCCUGCCCAGCUGGGAGCUGGAGGCCUGGUACGAGGACCUGCAGGAGGUGCUGUCCUCAGAUGAGAAUGGGGGGACAUCCCUGCCCCCCGGGGGAGCGGAACAGAAGGACCUUGUCACACUUGAUGCCACGGCGCUGCUAUGGGGCUUGGACUGCCCAGCCCCCUUGGCGGAGCCGACAGGCGAUGCCCCCGAGAGCUGCGAGCUGGAUGCCAGCUUGACGGCCGAGCUGCUGGAGCUGCUGAGCGGAACGGCCGAGGAGCUGCCGGGGCUCCCUGAAUCCGACUCCAGCCAGAGCUCCCCGGCUCAGACCUGCACGGAGGACGAGGAGGGGGCCGGCCCGGCCCGCGGCGUGAAGAGGAAGAGAAGCAGCCAGCCCCAGGGGCAGGGCAAGAAGCGGAGCGGGGAGAAGGAGCAGAACGAGAGGAGGGUGACAGAGCUGGCGGCCGAGAACGAGCGGCUCAAGCAGGAGAUUGAGCGGCUGAGCGCGGAGGUGGAGGCCACCAGGGCGGCGCUGAUCGAACGCAUGGUGAACCUGCAGAAGGUGUAGGGCUGAACUGAGCCCAAGGGGCUGCAGUGUCCUGUGCCUGCUGGACUCACGGGGGGCAGCUGGGCCCCGGUGGGGUGUGGCCCACUUGCCACAAGACACCUGUGCAGAGCCGGGGCUGGACCUGAGGCUGAACGGACCAGUGGCUGCCCUGGGCAGACUGACUCAGAGCACAGCCCCGGGGGGCCCUACGGGUGCUGCGGGCGGGAGCUCCCACUCCU